UUUUAAUUCAUAUCUGAGUGGGCGGUGGCGUUUCGUGUUGGCGGUCUGGCUCCGCUGGGCAGGGGGUAACUUUACUGGUUUGGGGUGGUUUUUAGUUUAAUUUCUCUUUUCUAGCUUCGCAUCGCGGGCCAGUUCUUCCUUUCUAGUCAACUGAGGCCAUGUCAGGAGACGGCGCCCCGGAGCAGGCAGCUGAGUAUGUCCCAGAGAAGGUGAAGAAAGCGGAAAAGAAAUUAGAAGAGAAUCCAUAUGACCUUGACGCUUGGAGCAUUCUCAUUCGAGAGGCACAGAAUCAACCUAUAGACAAAGCACGGAAGACUUAUGAACGCCUUGUUGCCCAGUUCCCCAGUUCUGGCAGAUUCUGGAAACUAUACAUUGAAGCAGAGAUAAAAGCUAAAAAUUAUGACAAGGUUGAAAAGCUAUUCCAGAGAUGCCUUAUGAAGGUUUUGCACAUUGAUUUAUGGAAGUGUUAUCUUUCAUAUGUUCGAGAAACCAAGGGUAAACUGCCAAGUUACAAAGAAAAAAUGGCUCAAGCAUAUGACUUUGCACUAGAUAAAAUUGGAAUGGAAAUUAUGUCUUAUCAGAUUUGGGUGGAUUACAUCAAUUUCUUAAAAGGCGUGGAAGCUGUUGGGUCUUAUGCAGAAAAUCAGAGAAUAACAGCUGUCCGAAGAGUUUAUCAACGAGGUUGUGUUAAUCCAAUGAUCAACAUUGAACAACUCUGGAGAGACUAUAACAAGUAUGAAGAGGGUAUCAAUAUUCAUUUAGCUAAAAAAAUGAUUGAAGAUCGGAGUCGAGAUUACAUGAAUGCUAGACGUGUCGCAAAGGAAUAUGAGACAGUAAUGAAAGGUUUGGACCGCAAUGCUCCCUCAGUGCCUCCUCAGAAUACUCCCCAAGAAGCCCAGCAGGUGGAUAUGUGGAAGAAAUACAUACAGUGGGAAAAGAGCAACCCUCUUCGUACAGAAGAUCAGACGCUUAUCACAAAAAGAGUUAUGUUUGCUUAUGAACAGUGCCUGCUUGUACUUGGCCAUCACCCUGAUAUUUGGUAUGAAGCUGCCCAGUAUCUUGAGCAGUCAAGUAAACUGCUUGCAGAAAAGGGGGAUAUGAAUAAUGCCAAAUUAUUUAGUGAUGAAGCUGCUAAUAUAUAUGAAAGAGCUAUAAGCACUUUAUUAAAGAAGAAUAUGCUUCUUUAUUUUGCAUAUGCAGAUUAUGAAGAGAGUCGCAUGAAGUAUGAGAAAGUUCACAGUAUAUAUAACAGACUUCUGGCAAUUGAGGAUAUUGACCCAACCUUGGUAUAUAUCCAAUAUAUGAAAUUUGCAAGAAGAGCAGAAGGUAUCAAAUCUGGAAGAAUGAUAUUUAAAAAAGCAAGAGAAGAUACCAGAACCCGCCACCACGUCUAUGUUACUGCAGCACUCAUGGAGUAUUACUGUAGUAAGGACAAAUCUGUUGCCUUUAAGAUUUUUGAGCUGGGUCUAAAGAAAUAUGGAGACAUUCCAGAAUAUGUCUUGGCCUAUAUUGAUUAUCUUUCCCACCUGAAUGAGGACAAUAAUACCCGAGUUUUGUUUGAACGAGUCUUAACCUCUGGAAGCCUUCCUCCUGAGAAGUCUGGAGAAAUCUGGGCCCGAUUUCUAGCUUUUGAAAGUAACAUUGGUGAUCUAGCUAGCAUACUCAAAGUGGAGAAAAGACGGUUUACAGCAUUCAAAGAAGAGUAUGAAGGCAAAGAAACAGCUUUACUGGUGGAUAGAUAUAAGUUCAUGGACUUAUAUCCUUGCUCGGCAAGUGAACUAAAAGCACUUGGUUAUAAGGAUGUCUCCCGUGCUAAGCUAGCAGCUAUCAUUCCAGACCCAGUGGUAGCUCCUUCUAUAGUGCCUGUUCUGAAAGAUGAAGUGGAUAGAAAACCAGAAUACCCUAAACCAGACACUCAGCAGAUGAUUCCAUUUCAGCCACGACAUUUAGCACCACCCGGCUUGCACCCUGUUCCUGGGGGCGUUUUCCCAGUGCCGCCUGCGGCCGUCGUUCUAAUGAAACUUCUCCCUCCUCCCAUCUGCUUCCAGGGUCCUUUUGUACAAGUGGAUGAACUGAUGGAAAUUUUCCGAAGAUGCAAGAUACCAAAUACCGUCGAGGAAGCCGUGCGGAUCAUUACAGGCGGCGCCCCGGAGCUGGCGGUGGAGGGGAACGGCCCGGUGGAGAGCAACGCCGUACUCACCAAAGCGGUCAAGAGGCCCAACGAAGAUUCCGACGACGAUGAAGAAAAGGGAGCCGUCGUUCCCCCCGUUCAUGACAUCUACAGAGCACGGCAGCAGAAGCGAAUUCGGUGAGGCGGGCUCCAACCAGCCUCUGGAAGAAAACUCCAGGAUUCCGUUUUUUGCCUCUUAAGUCGUAUGUUUAAGAGACAAUGCUUUGUUACAAGGUUCUUGGAAACAAAGUUGUAUUGUCAUUGGUGCCUCUAUCAUAUGGUUCUUGAGAAAAAAACCAACCAACCUGUGUGAAUUUUAGAAUAUGGAACAGAUCUGUGCUCUAAGCAAAACUAGGUUUUCAAAAAUGUGAGAACAGCACAAAAUGGCAGAACCACAUUUUGUUCCCUCUUCAAGGGUGUCUUGUAUGUGCCGCUUGAAGAUUUGUGAGUUUUCAACAGUUUUAUUUUAAAAACUGGAUGGCUUAUGAUUGUAAAGCAUUUUAUCACAUUUUCUGAAAACAGUUCUGUUUGCUUAUGUAGAGUCCUGCCUUAUUGUUUGUUUUUAUUUAUGGCAGAAUGUAUGGAACCGGUUUUGUAGUUUAAAAUUUUAAAACAAUCCUUUAAAAAAAAUAAAAGGAUCUCAAAAAUGUCAUGCCUCCUGCUGCUUCCAUUCAGAAUUUAUUUAAAAU